GUUCCCGGUGUUUAAUUUUGAAGGCAGCAGUCGCGUUGUUCCGGUGUUUCCGGGCUUGACUCGGCGAGGCGGCACCAAGCAACACUUCACACUCGCUCUCCUCCCAGCAGCUAGUCGACUCAGGGGACCGGUGAAGGGGCGGCAGGAGUGAACCGGUGCACCCCGAUGAGACGCCACCUCCACCCGGUUUGGAGUGGACCAAUCCCCGCAGGGAGAAGAGCUUGAAGAGACCACCUUGUGCAUUGCAGCCGCAUGCAUCAUCCCGGCCAAAGAUCUCCAGACGUUCCCUGAAUCAUCUCCAUGCAGGAAGAGGGUGUCAUGAGGGGCUAGCUGUGGGAGCACAUGAGUCACUUUGGAGGGAUGGAUGAUGUAACGGCGUCUGGGUCACAGUCUUCCAGCAGACUAUGGCGCUAAGUGGACCAACAGAGUGGAAAAAAAGUGCAUUCUUGCUGCCUCUUUUAUUGACUUUACCAAAGAACGCAACCAAGUCAACCGAGGGUGGUUUAUAAUGACCUCACACUGAUAAGUGGCACGGCAAUGGAACUUAAUCGCAUAUGGACUCUUAUCGCUGUGGCCGGAGUGUGUGAGGUUACUUGAGUUUUGUAUUUCAAUCCGAGAGGUGACUUUUGAUGCAAGACGCAACCAUGUUGCGGCGUGGACUACUCGCCUGGGUGUCCCGUGUAGGGGGAGUGCUCGUGCUCCUCUGCUGCUCCUUGUCGCUCCUCUAUGCGAUGACCUGCCGUCCCUUGCACUCAGAUGACCCUCAGCGGAGUCACGCCUUACCCCACGCCAGCCCGAACCAGCUGGGAGGUACAAGGCCCGCGGUUGGAGCAGUAGUUGCAGGCACAGGACGAGUUGGCGCCGCGCAAAGCGGGGGAUCCCCGGCGGUCCAGUCUUACCAAGCACUCCUGCAAGAACGCGAGGAGCAAUACCGCCUCCAUAUCUCUUCCCUAAAGAAGCAGAUUGCUCAGCUGAAAGAGGCUCUGCAGGAGCGCAGCCAGCAGAUAAGAGGUGUUCAAGAUAGUUUGAAAAGGGCCGCGGGGUCCCCAGAAGAGGGGCACGGUCUUCCAGGAGGCGGUCUUGUAGAUGCUCAGGGGGCCAAAAGUCAGCAAACGGACCUCCAGGAUUUUCUCAAGAGCCAGCUUUCCAAAGCCGAAGUGACGACAGGAGCCAGGUUUCCAAGCGAGUACUCGGCGGUCCCCUUUGAGAGCUUCACGCUGCAAUGGGUCUACCAGCUGGAGAUGGGGCUAAGUCGUGAGCCCAAGGAGAAGGCUGUGAGGAAGGACAAGAGAAACGAGCUGGGAGAGGUGCUGGAGACGGCUCUGCACAGCCUCAACGCUCCAUUGGCCCAGCAGAACGGCAAAAGUAGCAAAGUCUAUGUUCCGUCUGACUUCAUUGAAGGCAUCACGCGCAUUGAGAAGGACAAAGGCACACUGUAUGAACUGACCUUCCGAGGGGACUACAGUCACGAAUUCCGACGCCUGGUCCUCUUCCGGCCCUUUGGACCGCUGAUGAAGGUGAAAAACGAGAGGGUGGACACGGGCCACGUGGUCGUCAACAUUGUCGUGCCGCUGUAUCGCCGCACUGACAAGUUCAAGCGGUUCAUGCACCAUUUCAGGGAAGUCUGUAUACGCCAGGAUGGCCGAGUCCAUCUUACAGUGGUAUAUUUUGGGAAAGAGCAGAUGAACGAAGUCCGCAGCAUUCUGGAAAACACAGUGAGGGAGGCCAACUUCAAAAACUACACCCUCCUGCAGCUGGACGAGGAGUUUUCCAGAGGCCGGGGUCUGAACGUCGGGGCACAAGCAUGGAAGGGCGGCAAUGUGUUGCUCUUUUUCUGCGACGUGGAUGUCUACUUCACCGCCGACUUCCUUACUUCCUGCAGGCUCAACGCUCAGUCCGGUAAAAAGGUGUUCUACCCAGUCUUGUUCAGUCAGUACAACCCCAAACUGAUCUACGGCAGCCCGGAACACAUCCCACCAGUGGAGCAACAGCUGGUGAUGAAGCAACACACGGGCUUCUGGAGGGAUUUCGGCUUCGGCAUGACCUGCCAGUAUAGGUCGGACUUCAUCAACAUAGGUGGUUUUGACGUUAACAUCAAAGGCUGGGGAGGCGAGGACGUCCACCUGUACAGGAAGUACUUGCACAGUGACCUGCUGGUCGUGAGAGCGCCUUCGCGAGGCCUCUUCCACCUGUGGCACGAGAAGCAAUGCGCCGACGAGCUGCCGCCGGAUCAAUACCGCAUGUGCAUGCAGUCCAAGGCCCUGAACGAGGCCUCGCACGGCCAGCUCGGGAUGCUGCUGUUCAAGCACGAGAUGGACACUCACCUUCGCAAGGAGAAACAAGCUCGGCUCAAGAAGACCUGAAAGCCUCCAUAGAGGACAUUUCCUCGCUUUUUGUCCACAGAAGGAAUCUCAGGAGUGUAAAACGACUCAAACACAGGACCGUUUUUUCCCGAGAGGCAAUAAACUACACAUCAGGAGCAACAUUUCGGGGCGUUUACUGCUGUACAAAGAUCAGGACUGUCCUGUCUUUUUAAACCGUGUGCCUUUUCCACACAGUCUCUGCACAACCACAAGCCGGACUUCAAGAUCGCUUUCAUACGUGAGGAAGUACCACCACCUCGUGGGCUAAAAGUCAACAAACAAUGAAGGAUAUCUUUUAAAGCCUUGUAAAGCUUGUUGGGUUGUUGUUUUUUAGGUAUAACUUAAUCCUUAUGUCAUUAUUUCUCUAUAGCAUCCUGUAAAAUAAUUACAAUACUCGCCCUUCUUAUUCUUGAACAGAAUUUUAAAUAGAGAAAUGUGGAGAUUGUUACAAUGACAUAACCACCUUUUUUCAAAUACUUUAAUUUAGAGAUGUCCGAUAAAUGCGUUAAAAUGUAAUAUCGGAAAUUAUAGGUAUCGUUUUUUUUAUUAUCGGUAUCGUUUUUUUUUUGUUUUUUUUUGUUUUUUAUUAAAUCCACAUAAAAAACACAAGAUACACUUACAAUUAGUGCACCAGCCCAAAAAACCUCCCUCCCCCAUUUACACUCAUUCACACAAAAGGGUUGUUUAUUUCUGUUAUUAAUAUUCUGGUUCCUACAUUAUAUAUCAAUAUAUAUCAAUACAGUCUGCAAGGGAUACAGUCCGUAAGCACACAUGAUUGUGCGUGCUGCUGGUCCACUAAUAGUACUAACCUUUAACAGUUAAUUUUACUCAUUUUCAUUAAUUACUAGUUUCUAUGUAACUGUUUUUAUAUUGUUUUACUUUCUUUUUUAUUCAAGAUAAUGUUUUUUUAUUUUUUUAUUUUAUUAAUUUUUUUAAAAAGUACCUUAUCUUCACCAUACCUGGUUGUCCAAAUUAAGCAUACUAAUGUGUUAAUUCCACGACUGCAUAUAUCGGUUGAUAUCGGUAUCGGUUGAUAUCGGUAUCGGUAAUUAAAGAGUUGGACAAUAUCGGAUAUCGGCAAAAAGCCAUUAUCGGACAUCCCUACUUUAAUUAUUUAAGUUUGUUUGUCACUGAAUUGUGGAUUAAUAAAACAGCAUUGACGUUGACUUAAAGGGAUAAUUCAGGUAUUUCAUGUCUAUUAGGGAAACAAUUAUGACAAUUUGACCAAAAAAAAUUAUAUUUCUCACUUACGGAUAUUGAAUUUAUUUUAAAAACAAUGACCAUGUUUAAAAAUACCUGAAUUAUCUUUCCCUGGUCAGAAUGUACCUUUUGAUAUUAUAUUUUUAGUGUUAUUCCAAACAAAUGUGACAUUUUUUUUAUAUACAGUAUUUACACUACAUCGGGAUCCCCCGGGAGGAGCUGGACGAAUGGGUUAGGGGGAGGGAUGUCUGGGCUUCCCUGCUUAGGCUGCUGCCCCCGCGACCCGACCUCGGAUAAGCGGAAGAACAUGGAUGGAUAAUAUUUCUGAGUCAUAUUUUAUGGAUUUAACAUAACUGACUGCCAGGUUUUUCCACUCAAGUUUUUUUUAAUUAUGUUCACAAUAUUGGAAUUGUGAAACUGCAAAUACAGCAUGUGAUAUUUUGGCGAGCAAAAAAUAAUUGUCUGUUAUUACCUUUUGUUUGGUUUUUUAAACAUAUAUUAAUUUCUUUAUGCACUUGUACUUUACUUUUUUCCACCCAUCAGUCACUGAAAAGAUGCUGAACAUUUAGGGGUAUUGUUUGUUUGUUUGUUUAAUAUGGCAAUAGAUAAAUGGCUUGGUCUUGAAAUUUGCACACAUCGUGCUUGACCAAAGAUGUAAAAGAUUUAAAAUGACAUUUUUUCACUCAAUCUAUACAACUUUAAUAAAAUAUGUACUGUUCA